AUGGCUAUCAACGAUGCUCUUCAGGCCAAUGGCUCCCCCGCGUCACCUGUGCCCAAGCGGCUUUUGCUCGUCAGCGUGCCCCGCACUGCGUCCAAUCUGCUCUUGAAGGUUUUGAAUAUCUCCAAACAGCCACAGCUGCUCACCAACCAAAGAAGCGGCUAUUUCUUCUACCCAGCCUUCUCUGCUGCUGCCCAGGAUGGUAUCUUGGGCAAGGAGCCGGGCAAUUGGAGCUCUGACGAGAAACAACGAUACAAGGCUAGUAACCAGGCAUGUCUAAAUGCAUUGGAGGAUUAUUCGACACGGGCGGAGGAAGAGAAAAAGGCCAUGUUCGUCAAGGAGCAUGCAUUCUGGUUCUUCAACCCAGCCGCCCAACACAAGUUGAUGACCGGCCAAGAGUAUCCUGAAUUUUUCGAAGAAAUGCGAGUCGACAUCGCCGACAAGUAUGGUCCGACACAAACAUACUCCAAGUCCAACGAGACUUUCUUCUCCGACGAGUACCUUCGUAGUUGGCAGAUGGCCUUCAUCAUCCGCCACCCAGCCCUUGCUUGGCCUUCCAUGUACCGCGCCAUGCAAAAAAUCGCGGCAGAAGGAUUCAUGGACGAGGAUGGCGUAAAGGGCUCCUCAUUGACCAACAUGAGCUUCCGCUGGAGUCGUCUGAUGUAUGACUGGUGCUUGGAGCAACCCGAUGUCCCGACUCCACCUCCGGUUGUGGACGCCCACGAUCUCAUACAUAGUCCGGAGAUUGUCCUCAAGCUCUGUGACCAGACUGGGCUCGACAAGGAGUCUCUACAAUUUGAAUGGUGCGGCAACGAUCACAAAAAGUCACAGAACUGGGCUGCGCCCAAUGAGGUCGCCAAUGAGAAGGAGCUGGCCAUGCAUAGGCGGGCCGCCUCUAUCAUGCUGUCCACCCUGGAAGCUUCCAACGGCAUUGUCCUUGACAAGGCACCGGACCAUGUCGAUAUCGCGGCGGAAGCUGUGAAGUGGAAGGCCGAGUUUGGUGAGGAGGUCGCUGGACUCAUCGAGAAGGCCGUCUGGGACUCAAUGCCAGAUUACGAGUACCUGAAGGCCCGACGCCUCACAGCCUAA